AUGGUAGCAAGAGACCUGGUCGCCAGUGCCCCAGCCUUGACCGCCGACCGAUUUUCACCUGCCGAGAAACAAGCCGUCAAGGGCCUCCGGUACAAUGACUCCAUUGCCAUCCUUCCGGCAGAUAAGGGAAAUGCCAUCGUGUUGCUCGACAGAAGUGACUACAAUGAGAAAAUGAAGGAUUUGCUAUCAGACGAGGAUACGUACGUCGCGAUCCAGAACGACCCCACGGUCAACCUGCAAACAAAACUGCAGAAGCUCCUCUCCAAGGUUUUUAAAUUUGUUCCACCGCAGCAAAAGCAUCUCUACCAUCGCCUCUUGUGUACUAACGGGUCCGCACCUGCAAUAUACGGACUACCGAAAGUUCACAAGCCAGGCGUUCCACUACGGCCUAUUGUAGACUUUACAAGGUCACCGCUGCACCGGUUAUCAGGUUACCUACACCAAGUGCUGGGCCCGCUCACCGGCAAGACAGCGACGCACAUUUCAAAUUCUUCAGCCUUCGUGGAGAAAGUGCGCGACGUCUCCCUGGAUGAAGACGACAUUAUGGUGUCAUUUGACGUGAAGUCGCUCUUCACUUCAGUGCCUGUUGACCUGGCCGUAGCUACGUGCAGAGAUGUCCUGCUGGCGGACGACACGCUCGCUGAGCGCACCCCUUUGGAAGUAGAGGACAUUUGCGAGCUUUUAGACUUCUGUUUGAGCAACACCUACUUCACACACCACAAACAGUUUUACAGGCAGAUCAACGGAACUGCUAUGGGUGCUUCCAUUUCCGUUACUGCCGCUAACUUUGUCACGGAAGUCAUUGAACAGAAGGCCCUCACUGACUUUGCUCCCGCGCCGAAGGUUUUCGUCCGCUACGUAGACGAUUGUUUUUGCAUUGUGCGAAAGCCGGACGCUUCACGCCUCCUACGUCUUCUCAACUCAGCAGACCCAGCCAUACAAUUUACCACAGAAUACGAGUGCGACAACAGCCUUCCCUUCCUUGACGUCCUCCUGCGGCGAAGUGGAACGAGGCUCUCAUUUGCCGUGCACAGGAAGGCGACUCAUACCGGCCAGCGGCUUGCAACAGUACUAGAGGCCAUCAAGUCAUCGGGGCUCAGUCUGAAGCCAGGAAAGUGCCGCUUCGCUUACGAUGAGCAUCGGUUCCUAGGCAACGUCAUCAGCAAGUCUGGUGUCCGCCUCGACCCGCAGAAGACAGCUGCCAUCGCCGAGUUCCCGUAG